AUGCGGAACGGAAAAGGUGCGGGUGAAUGUGCGGUGCCCCGCCGCGAUGGACACAUGCAGCCAACACGAAAAGUAAAGGCGGAUCGCAAUCACAAUAACAACAAUAAUAACAACAACAACAAUGCAGAUCGUGAUUGCUGUCCACAUACUACAGAUAACGUACAACUCCCAGAUAGAGUACAUGAGGUGGGGGAGCAGAGUGGAGUGCAGGAAAAAAUGGAUGAAUGUGAAUCCUUGACAAAUGAUAAUCGUAUUAAAAGUCAAGAAAUUCCUCUGGAAGAACAAGAAGAACAAGAGCAAGAAAACGAAAAAGAACAGGAACCAUGUAGUACUAGUCUAAGCAGUGAGUCUGUGCCUAUAAAAUCUUCAGAGUAUAUACAAUUUUUAGAACGAACAAUACUCCGCAUAUCUCAACUGAAUGGAGAGUUAGAAAAGGAACUCAUGGAUGUACGACGUGAGAUGAUGGUAUGUAAACAAGCUUUACAGUUAUCGCAACAGCCUUCUACUACUAUAGAUACAGUAAUCUCACCUAGAAUGAUUCGGAAUGGUAGUAGUGAAAGAGUAGUAUACAAUCCUUCUCUUGAUGGAAGAAAUGUACACCUGCAAGAGGUGAAACAACACCCUGGUUCAUCUGGUAGUCUUAAAGGAUGGGAAACAACACAUCGUUCGCAUAGAAGGAAUGAGACUCUUUUGUAUGAAGAAAGUAAUUCUUGUACGGGAGACGAACAUUUAUUACCAAAUAGAGCCGUCUCUGCAAUUCAGCCGCCUAAAAGGAAUACAAUGACAACAAGUAAAGGGGAACGUCACGUUGUGAACAGUGCUGGCAACAGAAAUAAUAAUAAUAAUAAUAAUAAUAAUAAUAAUAAUACUCUUCGUGCGUCUGGUCAAGGGAGACAACCAAAAUCAAUGGAUUUGGGUUCAACACCUUUUGCCCCUUUGCGUGAGAAAUACUACAAUCCACGAGGUCAUUUCUUUCGUGAGACCCCGCGGUCUCCGGAGCGAGAGAAGCCUGAAAACAUCAUUGAUGCCUUAGAGAAACUCAAACGCUCCAUUCUGUAUCGUUGCAAUCACUCCCACCAUAAACAGUCAGAGAGAACAAGACGCUCUGCUGCUCAUACACAACAGAAGCGUAUGUGGUCCAUCCCACCACCAGCUCCAGCACCAACAACUACACAGAUGUUGAGUUCUAGACAACGGAAGUCUGAGAAUAUCACACGUGAAAAGAUGCGGGGUCGCAGUCUCUUUACAGGACGCGGUGGUGGGAAUGGUGGUAUUGUUAAUAAUAAUAAUAGUAGUAGUAGUAAAGGAAAUGUGAGGACGGGUUCUCGCCCCACAUUGAGAGUUAAUAGAAAUCUCUCAGCUGCUCCUCCUCCUCCGGUUGGUAGAUCUGGUUCUGCGGCUGGGCCUCCCACACGCACCAGAUCCACUGGGCGUGCUAACGGUGUGCCAGGUAUCGCCAAUACCAAUAAGAAAAAGAAUAAUAAUCAUAAUAAUAAUAAUAAUAAUAAUAAUAAUCAUAAUAAUAAUAGAACAACAGGAACAAAAACAACAACAAAAACUACAGAUUCUCCAUAUGACAGAAAAGCAGCGUGUACAAGAAAUAAGGUAGAUGUAACACAAGGUGGUGGUGGUGGGGACCAGUGGGAGGUUCAACAGCGGCGUUAUUGGGAAGAAUCACGUGAAAUUUUGAAACAACUUGAACAUUUCCUUGCAGAGGAAUAA